GUGCCCACUGAUGGCAAUGCCGGCCUGCUGGCAGAGCCCCAGAUCGCCAUGUUCUGUGGGAAACUGAACAUGCACAUGAAUGUGCAGAAUGGGAAGUGGGAGCCGGAUCCUUCAGGGACCAAAACCUGCAUCGGUAGCAAGGAGGGUAUCCUGCAGUACUGCCAAGAGGUCUACCCUGAGCUGCAGAUCACCAAUGUGGUGGAAGCCAACCAACCAGUGACCAUCCAGAACUGGUGCAAGCGGAGCCGGAAGCAGUGCAAGACACACCCCCACUUCGUGAUUCCUUACCGCUGCUUAGUUGGUGAGUUUGUAAGCGACGCCCUCCUCGUUCCUGACAAGUGCAAAUUCUUACACCAGGAGCGGAUGGAUGUUUGUGAGACCCACCUGCACUGGCACACCGUUGCCAAAGAGACCUGCAGUGAAAAGAGCACCAACUUGCAUGACUAUGGCAUGUUGCUGCCCUGUGGAAUCGACAAGUUCCGAGGGGUGGAGUUUGUGUGCUGCCCGCUGGCUGAAGAAAGUGACAAUAUGGACUCUGCUGAUGCAGAAGAGGAUGACUCUGAUGUCUGGUGGGGCGGAGCGGACACAGACUAUGCAGAUGGGAGUGAAGACAAAGUAGUGGAGGUAACAGAGGAGGAAGAAGUGGCAGAUGUUGAGGAAGAGGAAGCCGAUGAUGAUGAGGAUGUGGAGGAUGGUGAUGAGGGAGAGGAAGAGGCCGAGGAACCCUAUGAAGAGGCCACAGAGAAAACCACCAGCAUAGCCACCACCACCACCACCACCACCACAGAGUCUGUGGAAGAGGUGGUUCGAGAGGUGUGCUCUGAACAAGCCGAGACGGGGCCAUGCCGAGCAAUGAUCUCCCGCUGGUACUUUGAUGUCACUGAAGGGAAGUGCGCCCCAUUCUUUUACGGCGGAUGUGGAGGCAACAGGAACAACUUUGACACAGAAGAAUACUGCAUGGCGGUGUGUGGCAGCGUCAUGUCCCAAAGUCUGCCCAAGACUACCGGGGAACCUGUUUCCCAAGAUCUUAUUAAACUUCCUACCACAGCAGCCAGCACCCCUGACGCCGUUGACAAGUAUCUCGAGACCCCUGGUGAUGAGAAUGAGCAUGCCCACUUCCAGAAAGCCAAAGAGAGGCUGGAGGCCAAGCAUCGAGAGAGAAUGUCCCAAGUCAUGCGAGAAUGGGAAGAGGCAGAACGUCAAGCCAAGAACUUGCCCAAGGCUGAUAAGAAGGCUGUGAUCCAGCAUUUCCAGGAGAAAGUGGAGUCUCUAGAGCAGGAAGCGGCCAACGAGAGGCAGCAGCUGGUGGAGACCCACAUGGCCAGAGUGGAAGCCAUGCUCAACGACCGCCGCCGCCUGGCUCUGGAGAACUACAUCACUGCCUUGCAGGCCGUGCCUCCCCGGCCUCGUCAUGUAUUCAACAUGCUGAAGAAGUAUGUUCGUGCUGAGCAGAAAGACAGGCAGCAUACUCUGAAGCAUUUUGAACACGUGCGCAUGGUGGAUCCCAAGAAGGCCGCACAGAUCCGAUCCCAGGUUAUGACACACCUCCGUGUGAUCUAUGAGCGCAUGAACCAGUCUCUCUCCCUGCUCUACAAUGUCCCUGCUGUGGCUGAGGAGAUUCAGGAUGAAGUUGAUGAGCUGCUUCAGAAAGAGCAGAACUACUCAGAUGAUGUCUUGGCCAACAUGAUCAGUGAACCAAGAAUCAGUUAUGGAAAUGAUGCUCUUAUGCCAUCUUUGACUGAAACAAAAACCACCGUGGAGCUCCUCCCUGUGAAUGGAGAAUUUAGCCUGGACGAUCUGCAGCCAUGGCACCCUUUUGGUGUUGACUCUGUGCCAGCCAAUACAGAGAAUGAAGUGGAGCCUGUUGACGCCCGCCCAGCGGCUGACCGAGGACUGACCACUCGACCAGGUUCCGGAUUGACAAAUAUCAAGACGGAAGAGAUCUCGGAAGUAAAAAUGGAUGCAGAAUUCCGACAUGACUCAGGGUAUGAAGUCCGUCAUCAAAAACUGGUGUUCUUUGCAGAAGAUGUGGGUUCAAACAAAGGUGCAAUUAUUGGACUCAUGGUAGGCGGUGUUGUCAUAGCAACAGUGAUUGUCAUCACCUUGGUGAUGCUAAAGAAGAAACAAUACACAUCUAUCCAUCAUGGUGUGGUGGAGGUUGAUGCCGCUGUAACCCCCGAAGAGCGCCACCUCUCCAAGAUGCAGCAGAACGGCUAUGAGAACCCAACUUACAAGUUCUUCGAGCAGAUGCAGAACUAGACCACCGCCCCAGCAGCCUCUGAAGUUGGACAGCAAAACCAUUGCUUCACUACCCAUCGGUGUUCAUUUAUAGAAUAAUGUGCAAAGAAACAAACCCUUCUGUUUUAUUAUUUACUCAUUACCGCCUUUGACAGCUGUGCUGUAACACAAGUAGAUGCCUGAACUUGAAUUAA